AUGCCCUUCUUCACUCGUUACUUGCAGGAGGCCUCGACAAAGUUUGGUAUUCGCGAACAAAACAAUCCGUUCCUCUACGUAGUUCUACCAAAGCGUUUGAGGCAUACAGAACUUUACGAGCAGGUGUUAGCAAACAGUCAGGAGCUCGUCACUCAUCACGAUCUACACUCUACUUUCGAGGAUAUCCUCUAUAAUCAGCCGUUAAAGAACUUCACAGAUGUGUCAUUCAAAAAGUUUGAUAGCAAUGUACGUGGUUCGUCGUUACUCCGGCAAUUCGAGAAGGGCGUAGAACGGACAUGCAAAACAUUGCCCAUACCAUUUCAGUACUGUAUAUGUCAGUACAAAAAGGAGAACAUCACCGAUGUCAACUUGGCGAAAGCUCUCGGACUUUACGCCUCUAAACGUCUGGCAGCAACUCUUGAUGCUGAAAAAGUUUCUCCUCAAUGCGAGAAUAUUGUCUUGGACAAUAUUAUUGAAGCUCAAAAAUACGUUCUACCACAUGGAAAUACGGCUCAGCCUGAGAUUCACCUCUACGAAAUCACUUUUACUGUGGCUGCUCCAGCUCUGGGUAGAUUCAAGAUACCAAUCCGUGAGGCAUCACAGGGAAAAUUUGAAUUAGCUGGAGAGCAAUUCGAUCGGCUCGAUAAGUACGGUCACCACGGAGAUUGUAUGACGAAGGAUAUUCUACGGCCGUUGUGCACUUGCAAAAACAAAAGAGGUCGCUAG